CAAGUCGCCGGACUCGCCGGGGGCUUCGCGUGUGCGAAGACAAAUAUAUAGACAUAACCUUAAAUACAAUUUCUUCUUGUUUUCGUAUAUUUGUAUUUAUAUAAAAAAAAAAAGGAAUCAGGCACCAAACCAACUACCGAUCGAUUGCGAUCGAUUGUGACAUUUGUGACUUUAAUAUCGAGGGACUAAUCGAACCAACCGAAGGAAAUCGGUUGGCAUUAAAAAGGAACUUAAGUGUAUUUGAAAAAAAAAAAAAAAAUUUUUUUUUUUUAAUUAAAUAAACUUCAAUUUACAUCUUGUGUGCCGAGAUGUCGAAGAAGAAAGUACUCAUGGUUUGUUUAGGCAACAUUUGUCGUUCGCCGAUAGCGGAGGCUGUAUUCAUAAAUGAAGUGAAGAAGAGAGGUUUGCAAAACCAGUGGGAGACACAAAGCGCUGGCAUUAUAGACAAUCAUACAGGUAGACAACCAGACAGUAGGGCCCGAAGUAUAUUAAAGGAAAAUGGGAUCACUGAUUAUUCUCAUAAAGCACGUCAAAUUGUGGAAGCAGACUUCAACAAAUAUGACUGGAUAUUUGGUAUGGAUCAGGCGAACAUUGAAGAUUUGAAUCGUCAAAAACCAAAGAAUUGCCGAGCAAAAGUGGAGCUUCUGGGAAAUUAUCAUCCAGGCAGAUCAAUCAUAAUACGAGAUCCGUAUUACGAUUCUGGUGCAGUAGGAUUCCAGGAGAUCUAUGAUCAAUGCUUGGCAUGUAUAACAGCAUUUUUGGACAAAUAUUCAACUUAAUGCCAAGACUAUUCUAAAGCAUCGAUUUACUUGUAUCUUUGGAAGAAUAUAUUUUAGAUCAGCGUUUUUCAAUCUUUUUACUUCGUCGCUUUUUUUAUUUCUAAAUCUUUUUACUUCUUUUUACCUCUAAAAUUUUCGUGGCACACUGAUGUGUCAUAGCUGAUUGAAAACCCCUGUUCUAACGUAAUAUGUCCAAAAUUUUAUGACGUUGAAUUUAUUGAAUAUACAUAUAUGAAAUAGUAAAUAUUCUCAAAGAAUAUUUCUAUGUUUAAUGCAGAGAAAUAUACUUUUUGUUAACACU